GCUUUCAUGAGUUCAUCCUUUAACAAAAGUACUGCAGAGUCGCUCACUUUCAGGGUACAUGAAAUAAUUUGAAGCUUCUCAACUCUUUUCACAUCACUCAAAUACGACACCGUCUCAAGUGAAGAAACUACUCCUUUCUAGUCCUAAAGCGAGUUAGGGUUUAACACACAAGUAGCACCCGUUUGUGUUGUGUCUCUUUGCUCAUUUUCGUCGGUUUGUGUAACCGAUCAACACAAGCUAUUGGCUCUUCACUCCCUGAAAUUUGACUUUUCCACUGGAUCUCACCAAAGUUUCUCUAUAUGAAGAAAUCUUCACCCUCACAAAAUCAUUACAUUUGAACCAAAAGAACAAUAACCAGUAGAUGCGGCGGUGAUGGACGGUGGUUACGAUCAAUCCGGAGGAGCUUCUAGAUACUUCCAUGGCCGCUUUAGGUCUGAGCUUCACAACCAACUUCAACAACAGGCUCAGGCUCAACCUCAACCUCAACCUCAUCCCCAGCUUCAGCCAGAUGAUGAAUCUGACUCCAACAAGGACUCGGGUCGACUUGAUUCCGACCAGGUUACCUCGGGAUCAACUCCCGGGAAGCGUCCACGUGGACGUCCUCCGGGAUCGAAGAACAAGACGAAGCCACCGGUGAUUGUGACAAGAGAUAGCCCUAACGUCCUUAGAUCUCAUGUUCUUGAAGUCUCAUCUGGAGCCGACAUAGUUGAGAGCGUCAACACUUACGCUCGCCGGAGAGGGAGAGGUGUCUCCGUGCUCAGUGGUAACGGCACGGUGGCUAACGUCGUUCUCCGUCAGCCGGUGACGAUUCAUGGGAAUAAUGGCGGAACUGGAGCCGGAGUUGGAGGGGUUGUGACUUUACAUGGAAAGUUUGACAUUCUUUCCAUCACUGGUACGGUGCUUCCCCCGCCUGCGCCGCCGGGAUCAGGUGGGCUGUCAAUCUUUCUUUCUGGUGGACAAGGUCAGGUCAUCGGCGGAAGCGUGGUGGCUCCGCUUGUGGCUUCAGGUCCAGUUAUACUGAUGGCUGCAUCGUUCUCUAACGCAACUUUUGAAAGGCUUCCACUUAAAGAUGAAGAAGAAGAAGGCGGAGGAGGAGGUCCACCGCCAGCCACGACAGCAUCACCACCGUCUGGACCGGGUCAGGGAGAGAUAAGAGGUAAUCCGAGUGGUUAUGAUCAGUUUACCGGUGAUCCUCAUUCGCUUGGCUGGGUAGCCGGAGCCGCUUCAAGACCAUCUUUUUAAAUUUGAAAAUUAUGUCCGUAAAAUAGCUAUCAAAAAAAUUAAAAACAGUUUCAUGAUAAUAUAACAAUGACAUUCUCAAUUAUAUUUUUAAGUUCUUUUGAUUUU